GCGGCCGCCAACCGCUUGAUUUGAAUCGCGGCACCGCUCGGGGUGGCGGUGAGAUGGCUGCCCCGUCGUUGCCCGCGGCCUGGCAGCUCUACCUCAAGGACCACCGCGUCUCCACGUUCAAGAACUGGCCCUUCCUGGAGGGCUGCGCCUGCACCCCGGAACGGAUGGCCGCGGCCGGCUUCAUCCACUGCCCCACCGAGAACGAGCCCGACCUGGCCCAGUGCUUCUUCUGCUUCAAGGAGCUGGAGGGCUGGGAGCCCGACGACGACCCCGUAGAGGAGCACAGGAAGCACUCGUCCGGCUGUGCCUUCCUCUCCGUCAAGAAGCAGUUUGAAGAGCUGACCCUCGGCGAAUUUUUGAAACUGGACAAAGAAAGAGCCAAGAACAAAGUGGCAAAGGAAGCCAACAAUAAGCAGAAAGAAUUUGAAGAAAUCGCAAAGAAAGUCCGCUGUGCCAUUGAGCAGCUGGCCGCCACGGAGUGACGCCUCCCGCCCGCUCCCGGUCCCGCGCGGAGGGCGGCGCUGCCCAGGCCCGGUCCCAGGGUCGCCGCUGCUCCGGGCGUAGCAGUGACGUAGGAGAGGAGGGCACGGACAUGUGAGAAGGGACUUAAACUGCGUGCUGGCUCUCGAAAGUGGGGCCGCGGCUUCCGUCUGCCUGGUGGUGCCGAGGCCGCGGCUGACUCUUCCUUUGGUCCUCCUGGAGCUGUGGGUCCUGGAGGCGCCAGGGUGGGAGGGGCCGGUGUGGUCACGUGGGCUUCCUGAGAUGUAUGUGAGCCCAUCGUGGGUCUUUGCUGCCGGACGAGUAGAGGAUUGAGGAGCCAAUUCACGUGUUUUUGCACAA